CAGCCUCCGUCACUGCUCGGGAUUGGUUACUUCAGAAGAGAGAAGCUUUCCAGCGUGUUUGAUUUCCACCUCCUCUGCCAUCCACGUCCUUGCCUUUCUUGUCUUCCCGCUCCUGCGCAACUCGACCGGGCCCAAAUACUACUUCGAUCCCCGUGUGUGUGAGCGUGAAUCCCCCUCAACAGUGUGAAUAGUAUGUCGGAAUACGGCGCGGUGCCGUCCAACGGGACCGGAGCUGGUGCCGGGGGAAAGAAAGAUGCAUUUGCAGACGCCGUGGAGCGAGCUAGACAGAUUGCCGCUAAAAUAGGGGGAGAGGCAGGUACCCCAAUGAGCAACAACGGUGGAGCAGAGAGUUACUCAUUCGCAGGACAGAAACGCUCUUUAGAAGAUGGAGACCAACCAGAUGCAAAGAAGAUGGCAUCCCAUGGUGACAGAGAUUCAGGCAGUGCUCUGUCUAUCGGAGCUCAGCUGGCUGCCCUGUCCCAGCAGAGUGUCAGACCCUCCACCAUGACGGAAGACUACAGAGUGCCCGAUGGCAUGGUUGGUCUAAUCAUUGGUCGAGGCGGGGAACAGAUCAACAAGAUCCAGCAGGACUCUGGCUGCAAGGUCCAGAUUGCUCCAGGUGAGCUAGACAGUGGUGGUCUUCCAGAGAGGAGUGUGUCACUAACAGGAUCACCAGACGCCAUACAGAAAGCUAAGAUGUUUCUGGAUGAGAUUGUGUCACGGGGGCGUGGCACCCCGCCCUCUUUCCAUGAGUCGUCCAAUGGGCAGGCAGGAUCCAUGCAGGAAAUGAUGAUCCCUGCUGGAAAGGCUGGCCUCAUCAUCGGCAAGGGAGGAGAGACCAUCAAACAGCUACAGGAGAGGGCUGGUGUCAAGAUGAUCCUGAUCCAAGAUGGCUCCCAGCCUCCCAACAUGGAUAAACCUCUACGCAUCAUAGGAGACCCCUACAAAGUUCAGCAAGCAAAGGAGCUGGUGAAUGAGAUCCUCCGAGAGAGGGACAACCCCAACUUUGGAGAGCGUGGAGAGUACGGGGGUCGUAUGGGAGGGGGAGGAGGAGCAGGAGGCGCAGCAGGAGGAGGAGGAGGAGGGAUGGACGUCGCCGUUCCGCGCCACUCUGUGGGUGUGGUGAUUGGUCGAAACGGGGAGAUGAUCAAGAAGAUUCAGAACGACGCUGGAGUCAGAAUACAGUUCAAACCUGACGACGGCGACGGCCCUGAUAAGAUCGCCCACAUCAUGGGUCCUCCAGACCGCUGUGAACACGCCUCCUCCAUCAUCAACGAGCUGCUGCAGAGCAUCCGUGUUCGGGAGGAGGGGGGCCAGGGGGGCCCCCCAGGUCCUCCAGGAACAGGCAUGUCGCCAGGGCGGGGCCGGGGGCGGGCCCAAGGGAACUGGGGUCCUCCAGGAGGUGAGGUGACCUUCUCCAUCCCCGCCCACAAAUGCGGCCUGGUGAUUGGCCGGGGAGGGGAGAACGUCAAGUCCAUCAACCAGCAGACGGGGGCGUUUGUGGAGAUCUCCCGCCAGCCCCCGCCCAACGGGGACCCCAACUUCAAGCUGUUCACCAUCCGGGGUUCCCCCCAACAGAUCGACCACGCCAAGCAGAUGAUCGAGGACAAGAUCGAGGCUCCUCUGUGUCCGGUGGGGGGAGGUCCUGGUGGCCCAGGUCCUGCCGGCCCCAUGGGGCCCUAUAACCCCAACCCUUACAACACGGGGCCCCCUGGUGGCCCUCCACACGGUGGCCCCCCAGGUGGCCAGUACGCCCCCCAGGGAUGGGGCAACACCUACCAGCAGUGGCAGGCUCCAGGACCUCACGACCCCAACAAGGCAGCAGCGGACCCCAACGCAGCCUGGGCAGCCUACUACGCGCAGUACUACCAGCAGCAGCCAGGGGGCGCCAUGGGGGCUCAGGCCCCUGGGGCUCCAGGGGCCGGAGGUGCGGCGGGCCCGGGGGCAGGGGACCCCAGCCAGGGCCAGGGGCACGCCCCCGGGGGCCAGCCUGACUACACCAAGGCCUGGGAGGAGUACUACAAGAAGAUGGGCAUGGCUCAGGGUGGGGCAGCCCCUGCAGCAGCCCCAGCCCCAGCCCCAGCAGGGGGCGCAGCUCCAGCAGGGGGCCAGCAGGACUACAGUGCUGCCUGGGCAGAGUACUACAGACAGCAGGCUGCUUAUUACGGCCAGCCUGGCCAGCCUGGAGCUCCACAGCAGGGGCAACAGGCCCAGUGAAGAGAUUGUUCUGCUGAUUAAGGAAACAUCCUCCCAGAGACUUGUCCUCUCCUCCUUCCUGACCAGAACACCUCUCUGGAUGUUUCUCUCUGGACUUUUUAAAUACUUUUUGUUUUUUCAUGAGUCUCUGUCUCUCUCUCUCUCUGUGGUUUUGAUCAAAACUAAACGUAUCCUUCAUUGUCUUUCCUCCCCCAGCCACUCCAUCCUUUCACCUCGACUCCUUCUCCCGUUAUCCCCCUUUUUUUGGUAAAAAAAAAUACAAAAAAGAGAAAAAAAAAGAUACAAAACAACAAAAACGUCUGAAUAUUUACUAUUUUACUGAUGAAAUUAAAUGACUAGCCCCCCCCCCCCCCGCCCCCUCCAGUGUUCUUGGAGAGGGCAAGAAAGGAUAGAAAGUUCCAGAUCACUGCUGUCUGCAUCUGUAUGAUAAUACAUGCACUUCACCUAGUACCCUUGUUUCUAUUGUGUUUCCUGAAGGGAGAAACUUCAACUCCAUCUGUCAGAACUUUAAUUACUAAUAUUGAGGAUCAGUAUGGAAGAAAUGAUUUUUUUAUUUUGCAAGCGAACUGAUUUUUUGUUGUUGUUGCUUUUUAGACUUGUUUUCCCCCAUUUGUUUUGGUUUUUAAUCUCUAGUCCUGUUAAUACAUUCCCAGUGUUGAAGUAGCUGAUAUUCCCACCUUAAAAUUGUAUUUGAUUGUAUAUCAUUUCAUUUUCUUUUAGUAUGAAGAGGGUGUUUGCCAGGGGUGUGUGUGAGAGACUGGGCUUACUGUCUAUGAUGGUACAGUGUGUGUGUGUGUGUGUGUCAUGUUGGCGCUGUGGGUCUGGCAGUAGCAGACCUGCUUCGACCCCUCCUCCUCCUCCUUCCCUCUACUGACGAACGCAUGUCAGAAAAGCCUUUGUUGUUCCAAGUCAAGUUGUCUGCUUUUUUUUCUUUUUUUUACUUUUUACUGCUUGUUUUUAAAAACUUCACAAUAAAAACUAUGAAGAAA